AUGCGCCGUGGCAGCUCGUCCCUCGUUGGCGCGUCUCGGCGCCUCUCCUCGGAGGCCGCAUUUCUCCGACGGCGAUCAGCCAACCACGCGCCGCUCACGCCGCUCACCUUCCUCGCUCGCGCCGCCGACGUCUAUCCCGACCGAGUAGCCAUCGUCUACGACGACUGGGCCGCCUCUCCCGCGGCGGAGCGGACGCCGGCCACUGAGCGGACGUGGGCGGAGACCUCCGAGCGUGUGGGUCGCCUUGCCUCUGGCUUGCGGCACCGCUUCGGCGUCGAGCGCGGCGACACGGUGGCGGUGCUCUCGCCAAACACGCCGGCUUUCCUCGAGGCGCACUUUGGCGUCAUGGCGGCGGGCGCAGUGAUCAACCCGAUCAACACGCGGCUCGACGCGCCUGCGCUGGCCUACAUUCUGCGCCACUCCGCCGCUAAGGUACUGCUCGCCGACUCUGCGCACGCGACGACAGUCGAAGAGGCGCUCUCGGAGCUCGAGCUGGCAGAGCGGCCGCGGCUGGUCUCGCUCGUUGACACGGUGGCCGGGCCGCACGCGGGCGGCGGAGGGGGCGGGUGGGGGGAGGAGUGCGAGUACGAGGAGCUGCUGGCCGGAGGCUCCCCGGAGGAGCCAUGGCGGUACCCGGAGGACGAGUGGGAGACGCAGGCGCUCAACUACACGAGCGGCACCACCGGCAGGCCGAAGGGGGUGCUGUUCUCCCACCGCGGCGCGGCGCUGAACUCGAUCAACAACGCGCUCAUCUGGAGCCUGCCGCAGCACCCAUCCUACCUUUGGACCUUGCCCCUCUUCCACUGCAGCGGCUGGUGCUUCCCGCACACCGUCACGCUGCAGGCGGGGACUCACGUCUGCCUGCGCUCUGUGGACCCCGCUGCCGUCUUCGCCGCUAUCCUCUCACAGCGCGUCUCGCAUCUCUGCGGCGCCCCCGUCGUCGCAAACAUGCUGCUGCAUGCGCCCGGCGCCGCGCACUUCGGCGCAGCGCUGACCAGCGCCGCGGCGGGCGGCGGCCAGCGGGUCAAGAUGCUCUGCGCCGGCGCGCCGCCGCCCGCGGCGGUGCUGGAGGCGAUGGAGGGGCUGGGUGUCGAGGUGACGCACGUGUACGGCCUCACCGAGUCGUACGGCCCCGCGGUGGCGUGUUCGUGGCAGGACGCGUGGGCGGGGCUGCCGCCGCGGGAGCGUGCGGAGCUCAUGGCACGGCAGGGGCAUCGGUACCCCCUCCUCGAGGGCCUCGACGUCGCGGUGGAGGCGGAGGCGGGCGGCGAGGCGGCGGGCGGCGAGGCGGCGGGCGGCGAGGCGGCGGGCGGCGGCGGUUUCGGGCCGCGGUACCUCGCGGACGAGGGCGCGACGGAGGAGGCGCUCGGGAGUGGCUGCCUUCCUGUAGGCGACCUCGCGGUGGUCCACCCUUCUGGGUACCUCGAGAUCAAGGACCGCGCCAAGGACAUCAUCAUCUCAGGCGGCGAGAACAUCUCGACAGUCGAGGUCGAGGCCGUGCUGUACCGGCACCCGGCGGUGCUCGAGGCGAGCGUCGUGGCGAGGCCGCACCCGCACUGGGGCGAGACGCCGUGUGCUUUUGUCACGCUGCGGGAGGGGCACCGCUGGGAAGAAGGCGGCGGCGGCGGCGGCGGCGGCGGCGGCGGCGGCGGCGGCGGCGUGACGAGCGAGGCGGAGAUCGUCGAGUUUUGCCGCGCGCGGCUCGCCCACUUCAAGGCGUUUGUGGGUAGUGAAUCCAUUGGUUACGGCGGCCGGGGUGGUUGCGCUGACCGCGCGGUUUCGCCCGCGUCCAGGCGCCGCGCUACGUGGUUCAGCUGCCGGGCGGGAUGCCGCAGCCGUCUCGAUGGGCAUGUGUGGAGGUGGGGGUGCUCACCGCUUGGUGAUGGGCCAUAG